CACGGAUGACGUUAGCUCCAGGUGCCUCGCUUCCGCAAUUAACUUAUCUGGAUCUUACUGGCAAUAGUCUCGAAGAUGAUUCGAUCGAAUUCGUGUCGGACGAAAAGACGAUCGAAGUGAUGCAUUUGGAAGGCAACAACUUUGCCGCUGUCCCCAAUUUGACUGGCUCUUCCAACCUGCACACAUUUUCAAUUUCAUUGAAUUCAAGCUCGUUGGUUUCCAUACUUCUACCCAAUCCGAGAGACCAGUCGCGAUCCCUCAACGCGAGUUUUUAUUCCGGCUCUAAGGCAAUCAAUGAAGUAGCCCUUUUAGAAGGAAUGUUUGGUAACGAUAUCAUCAACCUUAAACUGAACAUGACGGAAUUCAAAGAGGAAGUUUUUCUUGGCCCGCUUAGCGAAUCGAACGGUCUCGUCGUAAAUCUAAGCCCAGCUGCAAGGAUCUUAUGUGGCUGCUAUAUUGCAUGGCUCGUGCGUGAUAAUCCAUCCAUACUGCCUCAAGUUAACAACGGGAUUUGCACGGAUGGACGUCCCUUCGAAUCGAUUCCGUUAGAAGAUUUCUCGUGUUGUGGGCCAGAGUCCCUGAUGAGACGGAUUGGCCGUCAGCAACAAGAAAUUGAUAGACUCAACGCUAGAAUAAAUCAGCUAACACAGUCAGGAACUUUUUCUCUAGAUCAAUUUUAAAGUUGAUUGAAAUUUUUUUACUGUCUUAAAAUACAACGUAGAAUGUAUUU